UGAGGAAAAUUUUUCUAAAAAAUCAGAGGUGUACAUGCAUUGGAAAUAUGAAUGCCUGGAGUGUGGAGAACUCUUCACUCAGAGUGACCACCUUAAUUCCCAUCAAAGAAUUCACAGAGGGGAGAAGCCAUAUAAGUGCCUGGAGUGUGGAAGAAGCUUUAGUCAACUUGGGAACUUUACACGCCAUCAAAUCGUUCACACAGGGGAGAAACCAUAUCAGUGCCCAGUGUGUGAAAAAAGCUUCAGUCUGCGUGGAAGCCUUAAACGCCAUAAAAGAAUUCACACAGAGAAGAAACCAGAUAAAGGCUUGGAGCGUGGAAAAAGUUUCAGUCAAAGUGGAAACCUUACCUGCCAUCAAAGAAUUAACACAGCCAAACUCUCUGUACAAGAAUCAGCCACCACAGGGGAGGUCUGGACUUCAGCCACAAGGCCACCCUGA